CUCUUUUUGAUGACAGGAAAAAAUGAGCGUUGAGGACAGGUGUCGCAAUCAGUUUGGCGUCGGUUCGGAACGCGUCAAGGUGUGAUGGGGAAGUGGCUUCCGUUGGUUGGGCUGGGCUUGGCCGUCCUGGCGGUGGGUUUGGCCAAAGAUGGACGGUUCUUGCAGGAGAAUGAAAUCGGUGGAGCGGAUCAGGAAGAUGACGGCGAAGGUGAUCGAGAGGAGUUGUUGGCGCGGGAGUUGAUCGGCAAUCAGGUGGAACUGUUGGUGAACCGUUCCGGGGUGGAUGUGGCAGAACUAAUCAGAACCAACAAUGGCGGUCUCCAAAACAUGCCGUCGGAACGUCUCCGCCUGCGAGACAUUAUCGGUCGCAGUCAGCUGCAGUACAUCGACUACAAGGUGGAGUACGGCUUGCGGUACGACCCAAAACUGGCCGCUAGACAGUCACAGCCACCGCGGUCACAACCUCCCGUUGCAUCAGCAAGUUACGGCGCCAACAGCAUCGACGAAAGCGACAUCAAAGCGGAUUCGUCCAUUCCGUUGGUGGUCGUUUCUACCGGUGGCAACAGAACCUGGUUCGCCGUCAAGGACAACGUAACGACCUUCGCGAGUUCACCCGUCCAGAACGUGAUGCGACCUCCGACGAGGGUCGAGCAGACGCUGGACUUGCUGGGUGAUCGACUGAAGAAGCUGCUGUUGAACAGUUUUGUGCCGAACUCGACCGAGUCCAGGGUGAUCGAGAAGCUCAAGUCUCCGCUGACACUGUUUAGCCUGUUCAACGUAGUCAACUUUGAGAAUGCUCCGUGCGUAGCACGGCAGGGUAAUUUGGGCAGUCCGUUGCAAGGGAUCUGCUAUCACGAGGUGCAGUGCAGCCAGCUGGGUGGAGUUCCGAUGGAUGUGUGUGCCGGAGGGUUCGGAGUUUGCUGUGUCUUCCAAUUAGGAUGCAACGACCAGACGGCCCAGAACAUCAGCUACUUCCAGAGUCCGGGCUAUCCGACGGCGGUCCGGACCAAACUGACGUGCAGCCUGACGGUGGCGCUGCGCUGGAACACGCGCCAGGUGCUGCUGGAGCUCAUCUUCUUCGAGAUGGGACCCCCGCGGGAGGGCAACUGUCUGGAGGAUCAGCUGAUCGUGACGGUGCAGAACACUCACCGAACGUAUCCGAUCCUGUGCGGGAUCAACAGUGGGCAGCACUUGUACCUACAGGUGGAUCGAGAGUAUUCUCACUUUUUGUACUUGACAGCGGUUUCAAACUCGGAUGAGCCGAAGGCGUUCAAUAUUAGAAUUAUUCAACUUUCAGAGCUUCAAGCACCCGAAGGGUGUUUACAGUACUUCACUGGGGUAAAUGGUUACAUCAAAUCCUUCAACUACGAUGACCAUUCGGUGCUUGUUACGCGCAGGGAGCCAGGAUACUUGAACAACCUCAACUACGCCAUCUGCAUCCGACGAACGCCCAACUUUUGCUCGACGACCUUUUCGAACGUGAACGAGUACGGCGAGGAGAACGCGUUUCAGUUGGUCAACUUUGACGAAGAUGGCGCCAGCUUGACGCGCCCAAAUACAGCUGGCGUUGAGAUAUACAACUGUCCGGACGACUUUGUGGCGCUCAACUAUCUGCGGCUGUGCGGCGAACGGCUCAACGACGGUGCCACCAGCGAGGACUACGGUCAGAACGCGCCGGUCGUGGACGACAGCGGCGGGCCGAUCGUGGUGCCGUUCCGGUCCAACGAGGAGCUCGUGGGACGGGGGUUCAAGCUGAUGUACAAGCAGGAGAUUUGUCAGAGUUAAUAAAGAUGGGGUUUUGGUUGGUUUUAAAA